AAAUUAUAUCAAAUACAUGAAUGUUUUUGUAUAGUUUCAUUUUUCUUUUUUUUCUUAGAUGCUUUGAGUUUUUGAAGGUAUUUUCAUCAUGUCAGAGAGCAAUCAAAGCAGAGUAACUGCAUUUAUACUAACUGGAUUUCCUGGACUUCAUCCAGAAUAUUAUUGUAUUGCUUCAUUUGUUUUAUUCUUAGUCUAUGUGGUGACUGUUAUUGCAAAUAUCACUGUGUUUUUCUUAUUUGCAACUAACCAGAGCCUUCACAAACCAAUGUAUUACAUAAUUUUAAAUGUAUCUGCCUGCGAUCUUCUCUUCAGCACAACGACUUUACCUAAAAUCAUCAGUAGAUACUGGUUUCAGUCAGAGAGCAUUUCCUUUACUGGUUGUUUUGUCCAGAUGUACUUUGUACACUAUUUAGGCUCUGUUAAUUCUUUUAUUUUCUUCCUGAUGGCUUUCGACAGGUAUGUUGCUAUUUGUCAUCCUCUCCGAUAUACAACAGUCCUUAAAAAAAACACUGUCCACAUUCUCAGCAUGACUGCAUGGAUUAUUACUAUGGGGUUCCCUUUAAUGUUAGUCAUUAGAGCAUAUCCUCUUCCUUACUGUGCAUCAAAUGUUAUUCAUCACUGUUACUGUGAUCAUAUAGGAAUAACAGUUCUGGCCUGCACAGACAGAGCUCCUUAUUCUUUUCCUGCUUUUGUGGGAGCAAUGAUUACACUGUUAGUACCUUUGGCAUUUAUUGUUUUCUCCUAUUUCUCAAUAUUUAUAGAAAUAAGUAAGGUAGUAGGUCCAAAAAAAUGUUUUAAGUCUCUGUCUACAUGUAGUACUCAGUUAAUUAUUAUCUCACUGUAUUAUGUACCUCGAUGUUUUGUGUAUUUUGCUAGCCAAGUUGGGAUUACAUUUAGUGCUGAUUUGAGAAUAGUUAUUAUAAUGUGCUAUAGCCUUGUCCCUCCAAUGAUAAACCCACUUAUCUACUGCCUAAGAGCUAAAGACAUCAGAGAGUGUUUAUUAACACUAGUCUACAGAAUAACUGGACAAAAAGCUAAAGUUUUACCAGCUAAUGAUUAAUCAUAAUUAUUUCUUUUUAAGUAUAACUGAAAACCUGGUCCUGAAAAUCUAUAUAUUUUUUAAGAUUAUCUCAAUAUCAGAAGAAACUAUUGUGCUAAUGUGAUUUCAUAUUCCGUUUGUAAAUAACAAGUGACAAAUCACAAGGCCUAAUUUUAAAGGGGUGAAAAAUAAAAAAUAGCUUUUCUCAUUUUAUUUUGAGUUUUUUUGUGUGUGUCUGUUAUUGCAUGUCAAGAGCUGUCUAAGCCAAAUCAUGGCUUGAAUCUCCUUGAUCAUCAAGGUCAUCCAUCCCUGCCAAGCAGCCACAGUUGUUGCCAAGCUGCCUGUCAUUGCUUUGAUUUAAAUAUUGAAAUUUCUUUUUCAGUUCAAUCACAAAGAAGUAGCUUGUUUUAGCUUCUGGGUUGACACAUUCCAAAACAACAAACAAACAAUCUGAAAGAUAAAGCAAACGUACAUAAAAUAAAUUAAAUAAAAUAAGAGUUCUAGCUAAGAUAAACAGGGAAAACCAAGAACUUAAAUUAUUAUAUUCCUCUACCUUACAUAUAACAUUUAAAAUGUUUACAAAGGCCCUUCAGUUGUUGGGAAAAGGAGAAGACAAAAGAAGAGUAGGCCACGACAGUGUCAUCUUACGCGAUACAUUUUCUCCCACAGUGAAAUGCUGUGAGGUUCAUGACAGGUAAGGUACUCAGUGUGUCUCAAUUUAACAGCAGAAUCCCCCUCGAAAGUUUUGAUUUAAAGGCUAAUUAAGACAAAGUGCAGCGACAAGGCCCAUCCAUAUUCACAAAUCCUUCAAAGGAUCCUUCAAAUAAGGUCUGCAAAUGUGUCUUCCUCUCUCAAAAUUUGAAGGAUGGCUCUAGUGUAUCCUUCUUGGUCCGCCAUUUUGCAUGAUUUACUGCAGGUCGAAGCAGAAAUGUCAAGCUCAGGCAGCAAACAUGGACCAAGUAGCAAAAAUUGUGAUUAAAAACUGGUAUAUGACUGUUUCUGUGACACAAUAUGAACAUUAAAGAUGUUUUUAGAUGGGAAUGUAGCUUUUUUUUUUUACUCAAAUAUUUGCUGUGUUUAUCAAGAUUUAAAUUAACUUAAUAAGGAGCUCCAGUAUUUUUUGGAGCUGCUGCAGUGGCAUUAAAUGCAGGAGUUUGUUCUGCAACCAGAGGAUAUUUGGUUCAAGCCCCAGCUCUGGCUUUUAAGUGUCAUAGUGGCCUAGGGCAAGACACUUCACCUUCCUGGCCUACUGGUGGUGGUCAGAGGUCCCGGUUGUGCCAGUGUACAGCAGCCUCUCUCCUGUCAGUGAGCCCCAGGGCAG